CGCGGCACGGCGGUGGGUCGGUGCCGGGAGCGGCAUGGGGCGGCCGCGGGAGGGAGGGUUCAGGUUUUUUGACAUGUGACUGGGAUUGUUCUGAUGUCGCCUUGCUCCUGUUCCAAAAACCAUGACCCUCUUCUGCCCUUUACAGAUGGGACUUAAGCUGCUGUGCCAAAUGGAAAUACACUGUCGAUUGUGAGGAGCUGAGGACCCUCCCUCCCCUGCCCUCCAAUUCGAUUCCUUGUAAAUGGAGCUCAUUCACUCCCUGAGGAACAGAGGUUACUGAUGACCAGGAAGCAAAGAGUACCCAGAAAAGCACUUUUACCACGGACUCCACCUCAGGAGCACCAGGAACUGGUUUUCUAAGUAAAAGCUGAGCCCCUCUGUGCAGACUCGAUGUCUACUGCAAUGGAUACAGAAUCAACAUAUUCGGGAUACUCCCACUACUCAGGUCACUCCAAAAAAGCCCACAGACAAGGGAGUCGGGACAGGCACAAAUCACCACGAAGCAAAGAUGGAAGUCGAUCUGAGAAGUCUGUCACAAUCCAGACACCUCCUGCAGAGCCACUUCUUGGGAACGAUGCCUCUCGGGCAGAGGAGGGCCAGGAUGACAACUGGGGUGAGACCACAACAGCAAUCACAGGCACCUCUGAGCACAGCAUUUCCCAAGAGGACAUUGCCCGGAUCAGUAAGGAUCUGGAGGACAGUGUUGGGUUGGACUGCAAACGUUACCUGGGCUUAACAGUGGCAGCUGUUCUUGGACUCCUUGUCUUCCUUACCCCCAUCGCCUUCAUUCUGUUACCCCAGAUCCUGUGGCGGGAUGAUCUGGAGCCGUGUGGUACUGUCUGUGAGGGACUGUUCAUCUCUGUGGCGUUUAAACUCCUCAUUCUUCUGAUUGGGACCUGGGCUCUGUUCUUCCGCCAGCCUAAGGCAGAUCUACCAAGGGUGUUUGUGUUUCGGGCCCUUCUGUUGGUCCUCAUUUUCCUGUUUGUGUUUUCCUACUGGCUCUUCUACGGCGUCCGCAUCUUGGACUCGAAGGACACCAACUACCAAGGAAUAGUGCAGUAUGCAGUGUCUCUGGUGGAUGCUCUGCUCUUCAUUCAUUACCUGGCCAUCGUGCUGCUGGAGCUGAGGCAGCUACAGCCCAUGUUCACUGUCAAGGUUGUUCGGUCAACAGAUGGAGAGUCGCGAUACUACAGCUUGGGACAUUUGAGUAUCCAGCGAGCUGCUCUGGUAGUUCUGGAAAAUUACUACAAAGAUUUCACAGUCUACAACCCAGCCUUGUUAACAGCCUCCAAAUCCCGUGCAGCCAAGCAUAUGGCAGGUCUGAAAGUCUACAACGUUGACGGCCCAGGUAACAAUGCUUCUGGGCAGUCCCGUGCCAUGAUUGCAGCCGCAGCCCGUCGCAGGGACUCCAGUCACAACGAGCUCUACUACGAAGAGGCUGACCACGAGCGCCGGGUGAAAAAACGCCGUGCAAGGCUUGUGGUUGCAGUGGAGGAGGCUUUCACUCACAUCAAACGCCUCCAGGCAGAGGAACAGCAGAAAGCCCCAGGAGAGAUGAUGGACCCCCGAGAAGCAGCCCAGGCAAUCUUCCCUUCCAUGGCAAGAGCUCUGCAGAAAUACCUUCGCACCACCCGCCAGCAACAGUAUCACAGCAUGGAGAGCAUCUUGCAACACUUAUCCUUCUGCAUCACCAAUAACAUGACACCAAAGGCAUUCCUGGAGCGUUACCUCAGCCCGGGCCCAACCCUCCAGUACGACAGGGAUCGCUGGUUCUCCAAGCAGUGGACGCUUGUCAGCGAGGAAGCGGUCACAAGCGGGUUACAAGACGGCGUUGUUUUUGUCCUCAAGUGCUUGGACUUCAGCCUUGUUGUUAAUGUGAAGAAAAUCCCCUUCAUCAAACUCUCAGAAGAGUUCAUAGACCCUAAAUCUCAUAAAUUUGUCCUCCGCUUACAGUCUGAGACUUCAGUCUAAGGGAUUUUUGAGGGAGGUGGCUUUGGCCAGGAAGUCCCCUACAGGAACAUGCAUCCUCCUGCACUCGGGCUGCUGCCUCCGAUAGAUGAUGACCCAAAAAUCAGCGUUUCCCACUGCUGCUCUGUGACCAGUGUGGAUUGCUUUGGGAUUCUUCUCAGCCUGAUCCCUGCAGCACCAGAGCUACAGCCUGUCUUACCACCACCACCACCACCCCCCUCUCUGCAUGCCUCCAAGAGACUGCUUCUUUUUGUAUCCCCGUAACACACUGAAGCCCUGUGAGCAGCAGCCAGCCCUGCCCUGCCUCUGCUCUGCUGAGAGGAAUAGGAGGAGGAGGAGUCCUUCCCUCUGGCUGCUUCCCGGGCACCUCUCACCAGCGCUAGCAAAGCUUGGGGGUAUCCCCCGUGUGCAUGAGGGGAUGCUGAGGCUCACUCCCUGCACAGACGUGACUGUGAAGGAAUCUUACACUCUUCUGUGCCUGUUUCUUGGAUUCAGCAUUAUCGUGUCUUUGGGAAGGGGGUGGGAGCCAACGCCCUUCCCUCGCCCUCUUUUGAUCACUGUGUAAUACUCCUUUUUCUACACAAACUGUGUAUAGUAAGAUGAGUUUUGACAAGGUUUUCUAAUUAAUAGACACUAACCAGCAUUUCUGUUUGUUGUUUGGUUGUUUUGGUUUUUUUUACCCUCUUCUUUGCACAUGUGACUUUAACUGCAAUGGUACAUGGUCUUUCUGUUCUUUUCUAAUUGUGAACUUAAGUAAGCAAAUUCCUGGUGUCUGUGACAUUAAUGCACUGUGGGUCUAGCCUAGUAAAUUGUUCUGUUCCAAGCUGGGUUCUCUUAAGUUAUAGCUGGAUGGGGUUUUGUUGUUUUUAAACUGAAACAUAAAACUGUUUUACACUUUGCAUAUUUUGUACAGUAAAAUUCUGGAAAUAAACUGAAAC